GUCAAAGCACCGAAAAUAUCCCGUUUUGCAUUUGUGUGAUUUUUGUGCUUGAAGAAACUCAAAUAUAGCGAAAAUUUAUGUGAAUUUGUUUACAAAUUGUAGUGUGCCACUAGUUGAACAAGCAUCCACGUUAUUAUUGAAGCUAAAUUUACUGCGGAUCAUUCGGUAUAACUGUGGAAAGCAAAGAAAUCAUGAAAUUUAUGUAACGUGGUCAGCAAUAGGGAGCCGGUCAAUUUCUGCAACAUAACGAUGACGUCUAUGACAUUUGGCCAGAAAAAGUUCAUUCCAACUGCACCGGAAAAAGGAAGUUUCCCACUGGAUCACGGCGGUCAGUGCCGCAAACUUAUGCUGUUCUAUAUGCGCUGCUUGCGACAAAACGCCGACGAUAAUUCCGCCUGCCGCGAACAAUCCAAAGCCUAUCUGCAGUGCCGUAUGGACAACGAUCUAAUGGCAAGGGAAGAUUUUUCCAAACUUGGCUACAGUGAAAGUGAAAACAAAAAAGAACAAACCUAA